AUGUCAUCCGCCAUGAAUCUUGAUGAUGUGCCAGAUCCGACUCAAUCCGAAUUAUCGAACAUUGGAUUAGCUGUGCAAAGACUUUGGGAAUUGGAUAAAAAUAGAUUAGAACCCGGUGUUGACUACACUCUCAAUGUGUAUAUAUCACAUGGAAAUGACCACAAUGCGCCCGCACCCAAACCUUUAUUUAACCAUGUGGAUAGGAAAGUUACUUCAAUACCAACUUAUAAAUUUUUUUAUGCACUACUUGACAAUUACAUUCCUCAAACUGGAAUUCCUGAAGUUGUUGAUGAUUCUGAACUAAAAGAGAAUGAACGCUUUUUAAAGGCAUGUUUACAAACUGGACCAUUGCUUUAUGCAUUUAAGUAUCUCCAAGCGAAAGGAGCUGUGAAAGGAAAUAUCGCUGAUUUUGAAAAAGAACUUAAUGAAAUGUGGUUUAAUAUGUACAGAAGACAAGGACAUGGUGAAGAUUCUAGUGCUUUUGAGCAUGUUUUUUUGGGUGAAGUUAGGAACCACGAAGCAAAGGCAUUUCAUAAUUGGAUUACAUUUUAUUUCUAUGAAAAAGCUGGUAAAAUGACUUUUGAAUCCCUUAUUCCCUUAAAGGAAGGACAUAGUAAACACAUUAAUCCCAGUGGAAAAGAACAUGUAAUUACCUUACGAUUCUCUUUUGAAGGAGCAAGAAAACCUUUUUCUACAUCAUUCAUUGGUACUUCGCCUGAAUUUGAGUUGGCGAUGUAUACUAUGCUUUUCCUGCUUAAACACUCUGAUACUCAUGUAACUUUGGAUGACGCUAACUUGAAUCUUAAAAUUUAUCCAUUUGAUCAAAACGGAAUUAGAUUUAUUGGUUCUGCAUUUCCAAUGAUUCUUGAUCCACUCAAAUAG